AAAAUUUGUUAUUUGCGAAAACCGAAGAGAAAGAGCGAAAACCAAAAGAAUUGUUUUUUCUUAAAUAUUGUAGAGAAAUUGGAUAUUAAUUGUAGUUAAUUUCUUAAAAUUUCCUUGCAAAGAUGCCUCUCUAUGAGACUGUAAUGCAGGAAAAGCCACCGAUUGUACUGGACAUAGGCCAUGCCUAUACCAAACUGGGCUUUGCCGCUGAAACAUGUCCGCGAAAGAUUAUACCUACCAAAUUGGUGCUAACCACAACCGGGCAGUCGAAGCGACUCUUUGAUUACGAACGCAACGAGGAGCUUCAUGAUCAGAUGGUGGACUUCUUGCAGAUGAUCUUCUUCAAGCAUUUGCUGGUCAGCCCAAAGGAGCGUAAAUUUGUGAUAUUAGAGAAUGUAUUCGGACAGACAGUGAUCCGGGAGACCUUGGCACGGGUGUUGUUUGUCCAUUUCGAUGUCUCAUCCGUGCUCUUUGUGCCCAGCCAUCUGAUGGCUCUCUCCACGCUGGCCGCACCCACAGCUGUGGUGGUGGAUAUUGGCUACAAUGAGACCAGCAUUAUGCCCAUUUUUAGUGGCGUACAAAUUAUGACUGCCUUCAAGGAUCAAAGCUACGGCGGACGGGCGAUUCACGAGGAGAUUAAGCGUCAACUUCUAAGGGAGGGCAUUAUCGAGGGCGACGACGUGGCGCUGCUGACGGAGAUCGUGCUGGAGGAUAUCAAAAUACGCACCUGUUUUGUCACCACCUUCGAGCGAGCUCAAGCCCGUCUGAACACGGAUGGAGAGCAACCGACUCCUCCGCCCAGUGUCGACUAUGCCAUAUGUGAUAGCAAUAAGGUCAUCCAGAUUCCAGGUCUACUACGUGAAACAGUCUACGAGCUAAUGUUUGAGGAGACCAGAGAGCGGGACAGUUUGCCCCAUUUGAUAUUACGUUCCAUUUUGGAUUGCACCAUGGAUGUUAGACGUGCCCUGGUCGAGGGCAUUUUUCUAAUUGGCGGUGGAUCGAUGGUCAUGGGUCUAGUGGCACGUCUCAAACAGGAGUUGCAACAUCUCUUGCAACACGAUGAGAUCUACAAAGACCGCUUCCAUGGCGCUUUGGAAUUCAAAUUCUUUCCCUCAAUAUGCAAACAAAAUUACUCACUGUGGCUGGGUGGUUCCCUUUGCGGGGCCACCGAUCUCAUCCAGAUGCGUUCGCUGGCCAAAGAGGCGUACCUGAAGAAUGAACAUGUUCCCGAUUGGAGUAAUCUGUGUGAUAAUAAUCGUCAUGCGGGUUCAUAGAAUGAAUCCUUGGGAGAAGUAAAAAUCCGAAAAUAGUUUUACGCAACAAUUUAUAUAGAGUUCGGAUAUAACUUAUAUACCUAAUAUAUUAAAUUAUUGUA